AUGGACACCAGCAGUUACGUAAAACAAUCGGUGCGUGCACUGUGCGAAUUCUGCGAAUGCCAUUUUGUAAACGUGUUUGGGGAUGGGGCCUUUGAGUUCGUGGCUGAUCGUACCUGCAUGAAGCCUUUGGGUCACGGGUCCUACGGGUCUUGUCACUUGGUUACAGUGUCCAAUAGCCAGUGGGUCAUCAAGGCCAUUCCAGCUACACCAUCUAUUGUUUUAACUCUGCAGAAGGAAAUCCAGGCCCUUUCAGUCCUGCAGAAUGUACCCGGUCUUCAGAAGAUAAUCGGAGUGUGUCCCUCGAAGCUCACCCUCCUCACCGAAUAUGCCGGGGAGAGCCUGGACAAGUACCUCCAGACCCACACCUGCACCAUAGGCCAGCGCCUGCAGAUCGUAAAACAGGUCACCCGAACCCUGCUGGCGGUAAAGGAGCGGGGAUGGGUGCACACCGAUGUCAAGUGUGAAAACAUCUGCAUCCAAAAUACCACCAGUGGGAUUCGUGCUACGCUCAUUGACCUUGGUCUGUCUGCACAAAUAGGAAAAUUUAACCGAUUCUCUCCCGGAACAAAGUCGCCAUUCUACAUGGCCCCUGAGGUGGUCAAGAACAGUCCAGUGACCUCUCAGGCUGAUGUAUACAGCAUGGGUCGCCUUCUACAGACUCUUGUCGGUGUUCACCAUCUCAGCCGUGACGCACAGCGAUGGGUGAGCCACGCCAUCAACCCCGUCCCUAACCUUCGAAACACUAUGGAGGUUUUGGCACAGAUCCUAGAAAUAUGGACUUGA